GCCGGCUUCUGCCUAUUUUAGUCACAGCAGCGGGUCGGUGGCCGUGGCGGGACGCGGUGCCGGGAGCGGCGAGGAGAGGAGAGGAGCGGCGGCCCCAGCCCGUCCCGUCCGGGCGGCAGAGAAACUUUUCCGAGGGCUCGGGGUAGGAGUCUCCAAGAUGAACACUACAGUAAUGAGCCCACUCACUGUUACUCCGCUAGGCUUUAUUCCAGACUUUAAAAAUGCCACCCUUGUGCCUCUUAAUGAGACUUCAUGUGAAAAUUGGAAGGAGAUUCAUCAUCUUGUUUUCCACGUGGCAAAUACUUGCUUUGCAGUUGGACUGGUCAUUCCAACUACUCUGAAUUUUCAUAUGAUUUUUCUGCGAGGCCUACUCACCAUAGGAUGUGCAUUGUUCAUCAUUUGGGCUACACUCUAUCGUUGUGCCUUGGACAUAAUGAUCUGGAAUUCUGUGUUUUUGGUUGUCAACCUUUUACAUUUUGUAUACCUAGUGUAUAAAAGAAGACCGAUAAAGAUAGAGAAGGAGCUUAGCAGCCUUUACAAGAGAAUGUUUGAACCUCUCCAUGUGCCUCCAGAGCUCUUCCAAAGACUAACUGGACAAUUCUGCAACAUUCAGACUUUAAAAACAGGUCAAGCCUAUGCUGCAGAAGAUAAAACAUCGGUUGAUGAUAGGCUAAGCAUCCUGCUGAAGGGGAAAAUGAAGGUGUCUUAUCGAGGGCAUUUUCUGCAUAAUAUUUACCCCUGUGCCUUUAUAGAUUCUCCAGAAUUUCGAUCAACGCAGAUGAACCGGGGUGAGAAAUUCCAGGUCACCAUUAUUGCAGAUGAUAACUGCAAGUUCCUGUGCUGGUCCAGGGAAAGGCUGACUUUUUUUCUGGAAUCUGAGCCAUUUCUUUAUGAGAUCUUUAAGUAUCUUAUUGGCAAAGAUAUUACAAAUAAACUCUACUCGUUGAAUGACCCAACCUUAAAUGACAAGGCUUCAAAAAAGAUUGAUCGACAGCCUAGUCUUUGCUCACAGCUCUCUGUGAUGCAGAUGAGAAACAGUAUGGCCAGUACCAGUGACAGUGAGGAUGGCUUGCAGAUGUUUCUUCGCGGGACUUCCUCUGCAUCCUCUCUUCGCCCAGGCCGGACAUCUCCCUACCUGAGGACUUCCACAAAAAUGAAGCCAAUAGAAGAAAGUGUUGAAGAUGAUGUCUUUGAAGCACCAUCUGCUGAUAAGCUCGAGCUCCAGCGGCUGUCUUAAACAGAUGUGUCCUCAGGUGUAUCUGGGUUUGCCCAAAGCUCCAGUGCAAGAGGAAGAAGCUGAAUUUGAGAGGAAUCUGAAUGGUAAAACCACCUCUCCAUGUUUGAUUUUGCCACAUCAUAUGUCAGUGGCUUCUAGAUGAAAUGUCACAUUUUAUUUCUAAAUAAAAUGGGUAAAAACUUG